CGGUUUCUCGGGCUUCGGGCGGAGACGAGAUUGGUGGUUCGAAGAAGAGAUUGGUGACUCGGAGGCUCCGGCUGGUGCGAGACAGACGCCACGGCCAGUCAGAGCCCCGGGUAGAGAGCCGGGACGCCGAGCUCCCUGCGUCGGCUCCCCCGGCCACGCCACCACUCGCAGGGGAGGUGGGCAUCCCGGCCCGCGCCGGCCGCCGAGCCCCUCCUCGCCAUACCGCGCCCGAGUCCGCGGCCAGGCCUUGAUUUUUUUGGCGGGGACCGUCAUGGCGUCCCAGCCGAAUUCGUCCGCGAAGAAGAAAGAGGAGAAGGGGAAGAACAUUCAGGUGGUGGUGAGAUGCAGACCAUUUAAUUUGGCAGAGCGGAAAGCCAGUGCCCAUUCUGUAGUAGAAUGUGAUCACAUACGAAAAGAAGUUAGUGUACGAACUGGAGGAUUGGCCGACAAGAGUUCAAGGAAAACAUAUACGUUUGAUAUGGUUUUUGGAGCAUCUACUAAACAAAUUGAUGUUUACCGAAGUGUUGUUUGUCCAAUUCUGGAUGAAGUUAUUAUGGGCUAUAAUUGCACUAUUUUUGCAUAUGGCCAAACUGGCACUGGAAAAACCUUUACAAUGGAAGGUGAAAGGUCACCUAAUGAAGAGUAUACGUGGGAGGAGGAUCCCUUGGCUGGUAUAAUUCCACGUACUCUUCAUCAGGUUUUUGAGAAACUUACUGAUAAUGGUACUGAAUUUUCAGUCAAAGUAUCUCUGCUGGAAAUUUAUAAUGAAGAACUUUUUGAUCUCCUUAAUCCGUCUUCUGAUGUUUCUGAGAGACUACAGAUGUUUGAUGAUCCCCGUAACAAGAGGGGAGUGAUAAUCAAAGGUUUAGAAGAAAUUACAGUACACAACAAGGAUGAAGUCUAUCAAAUUUUGGAGAAGGGGGCAGCAAAAAGGACAACUGCGGCAACUUUGAUGAAUGCGUACUCUAGUCGUUCCCACUCAGUUUUCUCUGUUACAAUACAUAUGAAAGAAACUACAAUUGAUGGAGAAGAGCUUGUUAAAAUUGGAAAGUUGAACUUGGUUGAUCUUGCAGGAAGUGAAAACAUUGGCCGUUCUGGAGCAGUUGACAAGAGAGCUCGGGAAGCUGGAAAUAUCAAUCAGUCCCUAUUGACUUUGGGAAGGGUUAUUACUGCUCUUGUAGAAAGAACACCUCAUGUUCCUUAUCGAGAAUCUAAACUAACUAGAAUCCUCCAGGAUUCUCUUGGGGGACGUACAAAAACAUCUAUAAUUGCAACAAUUUCUCCUGCAUCUAUCAAUCUUGAGGAAACUCUGAGUACGUUGGAAUAUGCUCAUAGAGCAAAGAACAUACUGAAUAAGCCUGAAGUUAACCAAAAACUCACCAAAAAAGCUCUUAUUAAGGAAUAUACUGAAGAGAUAGAGCGCCUGAAACGUGAUCUUGCUGCAGCCCGUGAAAAAAAUGGUGUGUACAUUUCUGAAGAAAAUUAUAGAGCCAUGAAUGGAAAACUAACUGUUCAAGAAGAACAGAUUGUAGAAUUUACUGAAAAAAUUGCUGCCCUUGAGGAGGAGCUAAGCACGGUUAAAGAAUUAUUUAUGGAUAAUAAAAAUGAACUUGACCAUUGUAAAUCUGACCUGCAAACUAAGACACAGGAACUUGAAACCACGCAAAAACAUUUACAAGAAACUAAAUUACAGCUUGUUAAAGAAGAAUAUAUCACAUCAGCUUUGGAAAGUACUGAGGAGAAACUUCAUGAUGCUGCCAGCAAGUUGCUUAACACAGUUGAGGAAACUACAAAAGAUGUGUCUGGUCUCCAUUCCAAACUGGAUCGUAAGAAAGCAGUUGAUCAGCACAAUGCAGAAGCUCGAGAUAUUUUUGGCAAAAACCUGAAUAGUCUGUUUAAUAGUAUGGAAGAAUUAAUUAAGGAUGGCAGCUCAAAACAAAAGGCCAUGCUAGAAGUUCACAAGACCUUGUUUGGUAACCUGCUGUCUUCCAGCGUCUCUGCAUUAGACACCAUUGCUACAACAGCACUUGGAUCUCUCACAUCUAUUCCAGAAAAUGUGUCUACAUGUGUUUCUCAGAUUUCUAAUAUGAUAUUAAAAGAAGAAUCAUUAGCAGCAGAAAAUAAAACUGUACUUCAGACAUUGAUUAAUGUACUUAAGACUGACCUUCUAAGUUCACUGGAAACAAUUUUAUCCCCGACUGUGGUGUCAAUACUGAAAAUCAAUAGUCAACUAAAGCAUAUUUUCAAGACUUCAUUGACAGUGGCUAAUAAGAUAGAAGAUCAGAAAAAGGAAAUGGAUGGCUUUCUCAGUACGUUGUGUAGCAAUCUACACGAACUACAAGAAAAUACAAUUUCUUCAUUGGAUGAAUCACAGAAGCUGUGUGAAAACUUAACUGAAGACCUGAAGACCUUAAAGAAAAUCCAUUCACAGGAACUUUGCCAGUUAAUCAGUCUUUGGGCAGAGAGGUUCUGUGCUUUGGAGGAAAAGUGUGAAAACAUCCAGAAACCACUUAGCAGUGUCCAAGAAAAUACAGAGCAGAAAUCUAAGAAUAUAAUCAGCAAAACAACUUCUCAUAAUAAAAAAUUUUGUGCUGAUUCUGAUGGCUUGUCACAGGAACUUAGACAUUUUAACCAGGAAGGUACAAAAUUGGUUGAAGAGUCUGUGGAACGCUGUGAUAAACUCAGUAGCAACCUUGAAAUAGUAUCUCAAGAGACUGAACAGAGAUGUGAGGCUCUGAACACAAGCACACUUUGUUUUUCUGAACAGUGGAUAUCUUGCUUAAAUAAAAGGGAAGAGGAACUUCAGAACUUAUUGAAGGUUGUAAACCAAGGUUGUGAGGCUUCAGGUUCGGAGAUUACUGAAAAACUGAGUGGACAUAAAGCAGCUAAUGAGAACCAGCAUAACAUUUUUCUUGGUCAGAUAACUAUUGAUGAAGAAAAAUUAAUGACACAAAGUCUAGAACUUAAUGAAACCAUAAAGAUUGGUUUGACUAAACUUAAUUGCUUUCUACAACAGGAUCUGAAACUGGAUAUCCCAACAGGUACGACACCUCAGAGGAAAAAUUAUUUAUACCCAUCAACACUGGUGAGAACCGAACCACGUGAACAGCUCCUUGAUCAGUUGAAAAGGAAACAGCCUGAGUUGUUAAUGAUGCUAAACUGUUCAGAAAACAACAAAGAUGAGACCAGUCAGAACUUGGAUGAAGAAAAGGCCGUUCUGGAGCACACUAUCGAAGAACCUUUAAGUCAAGAGCAAUCUGUAGAUGCUAGUGUGGUUUGUUCAUCAAGUGCUGGGGUUCCGUUUUUCCAGCAUAAAAAAUCACAUGGAAAAGACAAAGAAAACAGAGGCAUUAAUCCAGUGGAGAGGUCUAAAGUAGAAGAAACUACAGAGCAAUCUGUUACAAAGAGCAGAUUACCUCUACGAGCCCAGAUAAAUCUUUAGUUAACUUGAGGAUUGGUGAUUUUAUUUUUAGGGUGAAAAAUAAAACCUGUAACCCCAGGACUUGAGCCUUCUGUAUAGAUUAAAAACAAAUAGAAAAUAUCAAGACAGUACUGUAAAUUUAGUUGAAUUUAAUAUGUCUACCCAUUUUUCUGUCAUCCCUGUAGUUCACUGUGUAUUAAGUUGGGUUUCAUUUGGGAUUUACAUUGAGUAAAUAUGUAUUUCUAGCUUUUGAUAUAAAAUAGCCCUUUCAUAACAAAUGAAAAAUAUUUUUCUUGCAUUUUACUAAAUAGCAGAUAUACAGAAGCUGCACUAUUCUUCUAGGCUUGAAUUUAUGUAGGUAAAUAUCACCAUUGCUUGGUCUUGGGAAGGACCAUCUCCUUUCUUUUCUUGCUAUGAUUGAAUUAUGUCUAUAUUUGCUUGCCUCCUGCCCUAGACUUUUCCAUUCUGCCUUUUCAGCUCACUUUCUCCCUUUGUAUUUGUCACCCAACCAUUUGUAGAGCUAUAAAAUUGUAUCUAUUCUUAUUAUGAGAUGGCCACAAUUUUACUUAGAAAUUUUUAACACUUUUCUGUGGUUAUCUCUAAAAUUACUGUCAACGAUAAACAUAACCCUAGAAGUAUUCCCUUCCUUCAGUAUUUUUAAUUUGUUUCCCCCUAGAUGAAGCUUAACACAUUAGCCUCCAGAGUUAAUAAAAAUCCAGCUUCUCCAGAAUAUAGAUUGCUGUUACGGGAGAACUACCUAGAGUUCUGAUUAAUGGCUCUGUGGCCCCAUUUUGAGGCUUGUUGUCUUAUGCAGAAUGUCACAGUGAUGUAAGGGCUUUUUGAAGCUAGCAAUUAUGACAAUAAUUUAUAUUCUUUUGUUCACCUGAUGAAACUUGUUGUUGUUCUUUGUAUGUAAUAAAUAUGUAUAUAUAUUUUUUUCUCUAUUGAAAUCUUAACCCUUAGAAGGACCCUGAUAAUUUUGAUCUGGCAGCCAAAUUUCUGGAAGUUGAGAUUUUUCAGCAUGAAGAAGCAGAGCACUUACAAGGAGUUAUAUGCAAAGAAUAAAUUUUGUGCCCACAUCAAGUUACAUGUAUAAAUUUAGAGAGUUUUGACUUUGAUAGCUAAGUAAAACCAAAUACUAUUGAAGAAUUAAAAAAUAUGCUACUUCGAGGAACUAAAUUUACCUUGCAGAAGUAUUAAUUAUCUUAAUAAAAAUAAUGAUAUAAUUUCUCUGCAAAAUCACGUGUCACCAUAAGCUAAGGAUAAUACCUAAUAAAAUAAACUGCCCUCUGUAAAUCCAUGACUAAUAAAUUUAGUUUCUACAUUAA